AAGCUUUUCAAUCGCCGAUAUGAAGAGAUCGUAUUAUUUCCUCUUUGUUAUUCUCGUCCUGGGAAUUGGUGUUAAUAAUGUGGGUGCAUAUAAAAUUCUUAUGGUUUUCCCAAGUUUUAGUGCAUCUCACUUAAUUGUUGCUUCUGGAUUGCUCAAAGGAUUAGCAGAACUUGGUCAUGAAGUGACCAUGGUGAGUUCGUUUCCUCAACAGAAACCGUUAAAGAAUUAUCGCGAUGUGGUUCUCCCACUCAAUACUAGUGAUAAAGAUGAACUCAUGUCGGAAAUGAUGAAAAAUGCUGGAAAUCAAUGGAGUAUGCUCUUCCAAAUUCCAAUAAUGUUAAAAAUGCCAUACGAGAUAGCCAAUGAAACUAUGGCUAGUCCCGAAUUUAGGAAAAUCAUGGAAACCGAAAGCUUUGAUCUGGUGAUAUUGGGCUUCUUUGCAAAUCAAUUCCUUGCUGGAUUAGGAUAUCAUUUCAAAUGUCCUGUUGCUGUAAUGAGCCAAGUUCAGCAAACGUAUUUGACGUCAGAGCUGGUAGGAAAUCCAUUGAGUAUUGCAUCAACAUCUCACUUUACUUUGGGCUAUUCGGGUCAAAUGACAUUCUCACAGCGAGUAAAGAACUUCAUAGCCUCAACAAUAGAAAUUUUCAUAACAAAUAUAUUCCGCUACAUGGAAAGGAAGUACUACGAAUCCAAUUUUCCACCAGACAAAUUUCCCACCUAUGAUGAAGCUAUGCGUAAUAUAUCAUUGGUGCUUGUUAAUCAUCAUUUUAGUCAAGGUGGUGUAAGGCCCUAUGUUCCAGCUAUGGUGGAAAUUGGAGGUAUUCAUAUUGAUGACAAAGUUGACCCACUACCAAAGGAUAUUCAAGAAUUUCUGGAUUCUGCAACCGAUGGAGCGAUCUUCUUUAGUUUCGGAUCAAAUGUUAAGAGCUCCAUGCUUCCGCAAGAUAAACUCAAUGCUAUUCUCAAGUGUUUCGGACAGCUCAAGGAGAAGGUUCUUUUUAAAUGGGAAACGGACACUCUUCCUAAUAAACCUGAUAACAUGAUGAUUGGAAAAUGGAUGCCACAGCGAGAUAUCUUGGCUCACAAGAACAUUAGGCUCUUUGUGAGCCAUGGAGGAAUGGGGAGUAUCGCUGAAGCAAAAUACCGCGGAGUACCCUUAAUUGGUGUUCCCUUCUUCGGGGAUCAAAUGGGAAAUGUAGCUGCUAUAUCUCAGGAAGGAUGGGCUUACCAAUUAAAUUUCGAUGACCUCACAGAAGAGUCCUUCUCAGCAGCUUUGAAGGAAGUUUUAACAAAUUCCAAGUAUUUUGACAAAGCGCAAUAUAUGGCAAAGUUGUAUAAAGAUCGUCCACAGACAGCCCUCCAGACGGCAAACUUUUGGAUUGAAUACGUAAUUCGUCACAAAGGAGCACCGCAUAUGCAAUCAAAUGCAGUUAAUUUGAAUUUCUGGCAAAAUAACCUGCUGGAUGUGAUUGCCUUCUUCAUUGUUGUUAUCCUUAUCAUUUGUAAAAUAUCUUGGGUUAUCAUGAAACUCCUUUGGAGGAUAGUUAUGAGAAAAGUUACUGGUCAAAAGGGUAUGAAGGGUAAAAAGCAGAAAAAAAUGUUGCGUAAUUCAACUCAAGGCCGAAUGUUCCGAAUUAUUGUUUUGUGUACUUUUGUGGCGCUUUUGGCUGCGCAGUGCCAUGGGGCCAAAAUUUUGCUCGCAUUUCCAACACCCAGUCAAUCACACAUGAUCGUCGCAUCGUCUCUUAUGAAGGGACUUGCGGCCAGAGGUCAUAGCGUGACGGUGAUGAGUGCUUUUCCCCAGAGCAAACCAAUCGAAAAUUAUCGUGAUAUUAAGAUACAGGUAGACGAGGGAAUUAAAGAUAUGAUAUCAAAAUUUGCAAAAGAUGGUGGCUCGCAACUAGGAUUUUUUGCACAUUUCAAUGAGAUCAUCAAUCUGUCUUUAAGAUCGGCAAACAGUAGUUUCAACGAGGAGGCAUGGCAGAAGGUGAUGCGAGAGGAAUCUUUCGAUCUUGUUGUUGUCGGAAUGUUCUUCAAUAACUUUGUCUUUGGCCUGGGUGAUCACUUCAAAUGUCCCGUCAUUGGGAUCUUUUCUGGUGGUGUCACAGAUAUAAUAAAUGAAAUGAGUGGAAAUCCUAUGGCAGUUGAUUCUGUGCCACAUCUCUUUCUUGGGAAAGUUGAUGAGAUGACUUUUAUGAAUCGUGUCAAAACGUUCAUCUUCAGUGGUCUUGAGAAACUUAUGUGGACAUAUGUGAACUACAGAGAAAAGGAAUACUACGACUACAACUUCCCAAGUCCCAAAUACAAAACUUAUGAUGAAAUGAAGAAGAAUAUUAGUCUCUUUUUUGUGAAUGAUCACUUCAGUGUAAGCUCACCUCGACCUCUGGUGCCUUCUGUUGUUCAAGUUGGAGGUAUUCAAAUUAAAAGCAAGCCAGAUCCACUACCACAGAAAAUGCAAGAAUUCAUUGAUGGAGCAGAGCAUGGUGUUGUAUUCUUCAGUCUUGGAUCAAAUGUUAAGAGUAGUUUGCUUGCACCUGAGAAGCUCGAUGCAAUUCUCAAGACUUUUGCAAAAUGAAAGCAGAGAGUUUUGUUCAAAUGGGAAGCUGAUAGUCUUCCUAAUCAACCAAAGAAUGUUAUGACGCAAAAAUGGAUGCCACAAGAUGAUAUUCUUGCCAAUGAAAAGGUACGCGUGUUUGUCUCCCAUGGUGGACUUGGUGGAAUAAACGAGGCUAAAUAUCAUGGAGUCCCAAUCGUGGGAAUACCCUUUUUUGCCGACCAAAUGACCAAUCUUGCCACAGCACAGAACGAAGGUUGGGCCAAAAUUGUUGAACUCAAGGAUCUUACAGAGGAAACAUUUACACAGGCAAUAUUGGAAAUUGUGAAUAACCAAAAGUACAGGGAUGUUGUUCAGGAAAUUUCAUCCCUCUUUCGGGAUCGUCCAGCAGCAGCAUUGGAUACUGCUGUAUAUUGGGCAGAGUACGUAAUUCGACACAAGGGAGCACCACAUUUACAAAGUCAUGCUGCCAAACUCAAUUUUCUGCAGCGAACAUCAAUCGAUGUGAUAGCCUUUAUUGCCAUAGUUUUACUCGUUGUUUUCAAAGUAAUUGCCUUAUCUCUUUGUUUCUGCUGGAGGAAAAUUACAAAAUCCGGAGGUUCUCCACCGAAGAGAAGUAGGAAAAAUCCAAAAUCAAAAGGCGAUUGAUUUUCAUCAUUCCCCCAUGCGAUGAAUGAAUGAUUCGUAUUCUCCCUCUAUAUGCAUAGAGAAAUUCAAUCCUUUUUUCUGUGAACGUGAAGUAAAUAAGAAAUCAAACAGAUUAGUUUCAUUUUAUUUCCCAUACGGUCCCUCAAACUACCCCAAAGCUCUCACACAUUCUUCCGUCAGGUCAUCUUCUUCUCUGGAUUUUCUGAGUUUUUCCUCAUGUUCGUAUACGUAAUCGAAUUAGGUUGAUGUGUAAUGCUAUGAAUUUAUUUCAUCACACGAAAGGAAUUGAGGGUUUUGAAAGAAGAAAAGGGUGCAAGAAUAAAUUCCCAGCCAAUAGAAAAAAUUGAUUUCUUGUAUUUUGAUAUUUUGUAACCCUUUGUAGAGAUAUGAGAGUUUAUUUAGUAAAAUAAAAUUUGUUAAAG